GUCGUCGUGAUAGUAAACUGUAAUGGCGGAUAAUUAAAACGUCUUGCUGUUGUUAUUUCAAGUCAAUGAAUCCGCUAACAAGCCAAGAAAAAGACUGUUAACAUUCUACAAUUGCUGUGACAACAUCAUCCCACGUCAUGACGGCCACAGUGGACGACUCUCUCCGUGAGCAGAGCAAACUGUUGCUACGGCGACUAAAGGACAAGCAGACUCAACUCCAGGACAUUGUGAACCCCAGCUUGUCCGAGGAACCGACGGGGGCCAGUGUGAAGUCACCUCCAAGUAUUACCUACACCAGGCAGACAGCUAAAAGGCCGCAGGUCAAGACCCCGGUUAGAAGGCUUGAGGGUGAUAGGACUAACCUCAAAGAGAAAGUUGACACAUCGUUACAGAAGUCUGUGACAGAACGCUCAGCUGUGGAGGGAAAGGCCAGGUUGUGCAAACGUCAAACCCAAUCAAAAGAAGACACGCACAAGAACUAUCAAGACGACAAUUGCACAGAUCACAAAGAAAACUACAUGGGAGCUCUGCCAGAGAAAAAUGUCUGUUCUAAAAUAAUGGAAACACCAUCGAACGAACCCCAGAGUCGAGACACAAACCCAGACCUGUCUGAUCUCCGUAAAGACAUUGAAGCAGAACAUAUGGAUCAACUGAAAACCUUUGGAAAAAUUUCUGAUGAUUCACUGUUUAUAGAAAACAGGUCCAAUGAAACUGGGUCAGGAGGGUCGGCUACACCUAACACGUUACAGAAGCGACGCAUUAUUGAUCGGAACGUGCGGGUGAACGGGGUUCGAGACCUGAACGCGAGUGAGUUGAUGAGAGAGGUGGAGGAUGACUAUACAAGGUUGAACUAUAGUUACUCCAACGUGGAUGAUACUGACCUGAAGUUUCUGCAGGAGAGACUUGCACAGGCUGAACUUGCAGAUACACAGGACUGCUAUGAAGUCCCUGUGCGGGAUACAGACUCUGACCCGGAAACUCCCGGAUAUGCUCAGAACCUCGAUGACCCGGCAAACUCCAGAAAGAUCGCAAAAUUCAUCAGAGAUACGAAGAAACCAAAGUCAAUACUUCUCUCUAAUAAUACCAGCAGACUGAAUAAGUCCAGCACUGCCAAUGGCAGCAGGGUGAGCUUUCGAAGUCCAUCGCGUGACUCCUCUGGGAACCUUACCUAUGAGAUGGACUCAUUCUCCAGGCAGCAGCAGAGGAUGCUGGGAUACGAUUGGAUAGCAGCUCUAAUAGAGAAUGACCCAAACGCUGUCAACCAAUCAGAAACAUUCUUUGAUGAGCUGCGAGAGUUCCGCAAGCUGAACAUGCAGGAGUGCUCGAAUCAGAUGUACAUGGAUGGCCCCCAGGAGUUGUGGGAGCAUCCUGAGAGGGAACCAGAGCCUGUGCAGCGAGCCCUUGAGGAAACAAGAAAUGAAGAUGGACCCAUCCCAGAGGUGAAGCCAUACAUUGUAAAUGAUAGACUGUUUGCUGAGCCAAUACAGAGAAGUCUGUUUGCUGGCUACGACUAUCAGCAGUCUGAGCCAAAAAAGGACAAUGAGAAACCUACCUACGAGGAGCCACGAUUUGUGAGGGUGAGUAUCCCCCGGUCCACCCUGGCUGCACCCAGUCGAGUAAAGCCUCACCGUAGAAAUAGCUUUGAUGCUGCUGACUCCAUGGCUCUAUCAAAGCACUGCAUGAAGGGGUGGAACAGCACCCAGCCGUCUAUGAUGCCUGCCUCCCGGACGAUAGGUCUCCGUGACGACACAAAGGGACUCAAGUCAGCUGUUAGAACGACACUAGAUGAUGCCGAGACUCUAGCUGCCAACUUCCCGUACGAAUGGAACGCCAAGGAGCAGUCAAUCAGCCGCCCCCUGCCUCGCCCUACCUACCAACCUGAAGCCAAGUAUGCAGACAGCACCUGGCCCAGCGCUCUGAAAGGGAACGUUAAGGGUAGCUACUCUGGCGCUUACAAAGGGGACAUAAGUGCGUACAGAAGUGACACUACUGGGUUGAAGGGGAACAUAAGCAGUAGCUACACGGGGGCAUACCCAGGAGAAAGUAGUGGAAGUUACCUGCAGGCUUCAGAUGGGUUGCAGAGAGCUACGGAUGAACUCUUAAACUCUACCUACUCGCUAAUGUACGAGAUGAAGAGAUUGAAACACGAGCGCAGUGACAACCCCAUACGAUUGUAGAUUUACCUGCGUCUAUUUGUACUAUGCCCAUAUGUGAUAGAUAUUUAAAAUAUGAUUAAUUUAUUUUUAUCCGAUAUUUUUGUUUCUUGGACAAGAUGAUACUUUUGAAGGCAUAAGUUUUGUGAUAUUAAGGAGAUGAAGUGUCAUGCAAAAAUGGGUCUUAUGCUAUAUGCAGGCAGCGUCGGUCCAUACCAGGCUGCCAAUCGCUCAGUCUGGUCAGGGUCUUACCUGCCCCCUAAAGAUAACGUGAAACUUUGUGUGACUUUCCAGCAGAAAGAAAAGCUCCUGAACAGACCGUGAGAAUAUUGCCGCAUAUGGCAUCAUAAGACCCAUUUUUGCAUUACGCUGAUCAAGUUAUGCUUACAGUAAUUCUAAUGGAAUCUAUUUGCAAAUAUUCUUAUAGUAGAAAGAUUAAGUAGUUAGUUAGCCAUUAUAUUUCUUUUUGCAUUUAGUUCACUCUUAUUGUUCAAUGGUAAACCAAGUAGUAUUAUAUGCCUUUCAUUUUGUAAAGAGAUUACCUGAUAAUUUACUUGUGUGCCAAGAAAUCUAGGUAAAAUUCCAUUUUGUCCUGCUCCUGACAUAUCAGUGUGUAAGCUUCUCAUAUACGUGUAUGCUGGUGUUGAGACAUUUACGAAGGUUCCUUUGUCAACCCAUUUAUGCCAAGUGGACUCUCCCAUCCUUCUAAAUUGGAUCAAUUUAUUUCCAAAAUUAGGGAUGUCUAGUAUAUUUAUUUCUAUAUUUAGAAUACUUCUUACAGAAAUUUCUUUAAGCAAACAGCGCAGACCCAGAUGAGACGCCGCAUGAUCGCCGAAUCAUGCGGCGUCUCAUCUGGGAUCAAUUUAUUUCCAAAAUUAGGGAUGUCUAGUAUAUUUAUUUCUAUAUUUAUAAUACUUCUUACAGAAAUUCCUUUAAGCAAACAGCGCAGGCCCAGACGAGACGCCGCAUGAUCGCCGCAUCAUGCGGCGUCUCAUCUGGGUCUAUGCUGUUUGACAAUGCCUUUUUUCAGGACUCUAGGCAUACAUGAGUUAACAUCAGUUGCACAAGACCUGUACAAAGUGAAUGAAGUGUGUUAAAUAAUAAUUAAUUGUUAUGUUAAGUGUUUACUUUGAGUAACACUUUUUCUUAUAUUUUUAUAACUUCCAAAAUCAGACAAACAGUUAUGUCUUAAUACUAAGAUCUCAUGCUUUUAUAAGAAUUCAUUUCUGGUCAAAUUAAAUGCUUCCAUAAUUCUAAUUCUCCAGUACUUUUGAACGAAAUUUACUUAUUUAAAAUGUGUAUACAGAUUACCAGCUGAUCAUUGUAAAUGAUGUGUUAGUUAAUUAAUAUUCAUUUACAUACUAGUGUGUCUAGUUCUGGGAAACUGGGGUUUAAUGUGUCUUGCCAGAUAAGCCUGCGCAGUUAGCACAAGAGAAUCAGGGUAACUUUCCAUCUAAACUGUAAUUUUGCUAAGAAGAGACUUUCUUUCAAAGAAAAGAAAAUGUGCAUAAAGUGUUGUCCCAGAUGCCGGCUGCACAGACUAAUCUUGGACGACACUUAACACAUGAAUUAAGCCUUGUUUUCCCACGCUUAGGCUCAAAUACAUUAAGAUUGUAUGGGCAUUGUCUGCAGUUUCAGGUUUUAGAUGCUUUUUAUCAAAAUCUUCAGAAUUGAAGUAUCAGUUGUGUAGAAGAACAUAACAAUUUGUUUUGCUAUAUUGUAUACACCAAGUCAUCAAUAAUGAUGUUUUGUGAUGUACGUAUGGAUAUAUAGGUUGUAAAGUCACAAAAUAUUUUUUAUAUUUAGUAUGGUUUUAAAUAAAUAAAUGAAUAAUA